UAAUACAGGUGUGUUCAGGAGCGCAUGCGCCCGUUGUGACGUAAUUCGGGUUGACAGGGUUCACUUGGCAGCUGCUGGCUUGGCCUCAGCAAGCGUGUGUUCAAACAUUCAGUAUGCCACUGCGCGUGAAACAGCGCUGACUGUGAGCAUAACGUUCGAAUUUUAUAAAAAUAGUCGAAUGAUUACGCGAUUAUCAGCGCGCGUGAAUUUUUAAAAUCUAAGUGCAAUAUUGUGCAUCGUUUUCUUUUGAUUUGUUGCCAUAUUAUUGUACGAUUUUUAAGUGUUUUUAAGUGUCAGUGAAAAAGCCGGAUAAACAUGGAUCUGGAGUUUCGAAAUUUGACUUAUACGGUGCAAAGUCGCAUCAUAAGAGGCUCAUCACGACAAGUUGUGAAAGGCGUAAAUGGAAGGUUUAUGUCCGGACAACUGGUUGCGAUCAUGGGCCCAUCUGGUGCUGGCAAAAGUUCACUGUUGAAUGCUAUAUCCGGUUACAGGUCAAAUGGUGUCACAGGCGAGCUAUUAGUGAACGGCGAAGCACGCGAUAACCAAUCGUUCCAAAGAUCUUCGUGUUAUAUCACACAAGAAGACUUGCUUCAGCCUUUAUUAACUGUGCGAGAGGCGAUGGACGUCGCGGCCAGCUUGAAAUUGCCAAAAGGAAGCAAAGCCCCCUCAGAAGAGAUAUUACAAGAGUUAGGCCUGUUGGAACACCAGCACACUAAGACCGAUCAAUUAUCGGGUGGACAAAAGAAGAGGCUAUCAAUCGCCCUGGAGAUGGUGAACAAUCCUCCUGUAUUCUUCCUUGAUGAGCCGACGAGUGGUCUGGACAAUGUCACGACUGUGCAGUGUGUCAAACUACUAAAGCAGCUCGCGAGACAAGGGAGAACUGUGGUCUGCACCAUCCACCAGCCUGCCGCUUCGCUUUUCGAGUUGUUUGAUCAGGCGUACAUAAUCGCAGAUGGCCUAUGCAUCUACCAAGGAGACACUGAGGCCAUGGUACCACAUCUAUCCAGCCUGGGCCUAGCUUGUCCUCGCCAUCACAAUCCAGCCGAUUAUAUAAUCGAGCUGACGGAGAGUCAAGAAUGCAUACAAAUAUUAUCAGAAGAAAUUCUCAACGGUAGUCUGUAUAAGUCAACUAAAAUAGACAGUACAAACCUGGAGCCAGGCAAUACAAUGCAAUUAAAGAUUUGUUAUCAAACAGAUGACAAUGUUGGUGAAACGGAAAUAGUAUUAUCAACAGACAAAUGCACGUUUAACAUGCAAGAGUAUACGGCAGCAUCAUCAACAACUUUAGCGAGUAAAAUUUCUAAGGACUCCUCAGUGGCCUGGAUGAAAAUGCAGAAAGUAGAAUCCAAAGGAUACCCCAGUACAUUAUCCCAACAGUUCAUUAUACUACUAACAAGAAUGUUAUUGCAAAUAUCAAGAAAUCGACAAGCACUAUGGAUUCAAACUAUACAUCACAUAGGCUGUGCGAUUUUGAUAGGCGUAUGUUUCUUCAAUAUGGCAAAUGACGGUACACAGAUGUUCAACCAUUUAAAGAUGUGCGUGGGUCUUGUUAUAUUCUUCGUUUACACACAAAUCAUGGUACCAGUACUAGUAUAUCCCCAAGAGGUAAAGUUGGUUAAAAAGGAACAUUUUAAUGGCUGGUACAACCUGGUGCCAUACUACGCAGCGUUAACAGUCUCGAAACUUCCAGUACAAGUUACCUUAAACAUGAUCUUUUCAACGAUUGUGUUCUUCAUGGUCGGAGUUCCAUAUGCCAAUAAUAGGUUCCUGACGUUCUGUCUAAUAGGAAAUAUUGUUUCUCUGGUCGCUGAGGGUGUCGGGAUGGCUAUUGGAUCGGUGUUUAGUGUUAGGAAUGGAUGUGCGAUUGGCCCGGCAGCUAUCGCCCCUUUCCUUGGUUUAGCCAUCUACGGCUUCGACUUCGCUCACAGAAUCCCCCUAAUAAUGAACAUCAUCAUGAAGACUUCCUUCAUCCGAUGCGGAGUAGUUGCCAUGGUGCUUACAAUUUUCGGCUUUGGACGGCAACCCCUCGAAUGUAAUGAUGUCUACUGCCACUUUGCAAAGCCAGACGUCCUUUUUCAGUACUUAGAUAUCGAAAAAAGUUCAGUCUGGUUCGAAAUAUUUAUAAUGGUCAGUAUCAUGUUCGCCGUACGGUUUCUUUGUUUCAUGGGCCUCAGGUGGCGGUUCGCGACAUGAUAUAAUUUAAGAUAAUUCCAGGUACAGAGUACAACUACAUGUGAUAGAUUGCAAGUAAUUUAUGUUUGUGAUGUAAUGCAUUUUUCAAACAGGUGAACCAAAGAAUCCUGUAUGGGCGUGAUUGACUAUGAAUGUUUUAGUAUUAUUAGGACGAUUUGUAAGCGAAGCGAGUAGAAGAUUGUUUAUGGUUCAAAUAAAAAAUUGACUUUUAAGCUCUGAUUAUUCCAUAUUUGAAUUUUUUACACAAUAUGGAGUUGAAAUUCGAGGAUUGGAUUAAUCAUUUGAAUACGUACGUGUUUAAAGAAAAAUACGCAGCAUUUGGUUUUUCGUAUGUUAUUUUAAAUAGAAAAUGCUGAUCCAAUUAAUGAAUAAGUAACGUUAUGUUGUAUUGGGAGAAAUACUUAUUCUACAUAAGUGUAGACAAUAGCGUAUUAAUGUAAUUUCCGUCAACUGUGACAAUAAUUGUUUGUUAAUUUUUUUUGUUUCCUAUGUUUGCGACUGUUUAUCAAUUUAAUUUUAUUCUAUGGUCGUGAUAAAACAAUAAGUUUUCUCAAGAUUCGUUUCUUAAAAAAUGUAAUAAAGCGAUUACAAAAAUUAUGUAAUAGCUUCAAGAUUAAGUUGUGUGUCAAUUGUUUUCUUGCCCAGUGUUAGUCUAUUUUCUUGCAUGAUGUAAUAGAAGGCUUAAUAAUACAUACCUUACUCAUAAUCUAAACUCAGCAGUUUUAAUAAAUUAAUGAUGAGACUUUAGAUUUUAUACAAACUUAAAUCACACACCAUCGUAAGCUAAUAAAUCUGCUUCCUUAAAUCAUUUACUAAUUAAUACAUCCAAAUCCGAAGCUUAGUUGAGCAUUACAGAUAUAAUUAAAAGUUAAUCGUUAGAGUUAAUAAACAAUUAAGUGAACGGUUGUAUGUGUAAGGACGGAAUUUCUUCUAUAUUACCACACUACACUAAACACGUAUUAUUAACACAAAGGACGUGUUAUCCAUAAAUUAUACCAUGGUCAUCAUCGGGACCUUUACGCAUUUAGAAUUUUGAGUCAAAGAAAUUUUGUACGUUUCGAAGCCAGAGUUCUAAAUAGUAUUUCCCUCGGAUCAUGUACUAUUUAACUUUCUAAGUAUGUGUCAGGUUUGAGUUUGACAGAACUUGAUGAUCCUUAUUUCAUGUCCUAGAGAAUAAUAUCUAUGGUUAAUUCCAAGUUUAAUUAUUUAUUAUUAGGAAGUUUGUUAUCUUUGUUAUUACGGCCUAUAUUCGAGAACACAAUGUAUAUUAAAACUGUUAACAGGGCCAGCAAAAGGUACUUAAAAAAGAAACUAAAAAGUUAUUUAAGACAUUUUUCAUCUACCUCUUUGUGUAUUUUAAUAUUAUUUUUUAACAUUCAUUCAUUUAAUUAUGUGUUUCAUGAAAGUUUCCUUUGCUAGAAUCUAUUGAAUUAGAAAUAUCUAGCUACUAGAAAAACUUUAUUAUACACAAUAAAUAUGAUAUUAAAAAUACAGAAGUAGGGAACUGUCUAUAAAAGCUGUCUCAAUUUAAUUCUGCAGGUGUAUUACAACAAAAAUAAUAUAAUAUUGAAGAUAAGAAUAUAAAUAUUGGUUCCUAAAAGCCUUUCUUUAUCAAAGACCAUUUUUUUAAUGAUGAAAGUUAAGGUACCUUAGGUAGAACUUGGUAGAGGUGUUUUAUACUGUACUUAAAUUCUAUUGUAUACAUCAUAUUAUAGAAGAGCCCGACUAAUUGUGUCUAAUUUAGACAAUUAAAUUCCAUAAAAUUGUAUUUUAUACUUAAUAUUUGAUUGUAACAUAAACUGAUUAUAAUAUAAGCAAACAUAUAAGAAAUGUGAAUAUUAUGUGUAUACAGCGGAAUCAUUAGUUUUAAUAUGCAUUUUUUUUUACUUUUGUAAUAAAGAAAAUUCAUAUUC